GCUGCUCUGUGUGUGUUUGUGUGCAGUCUCUCGGACCUAUACCUCCCCCGAAAAACCCUCUUAACACCGAAACACAGGAUAAAACACACAGAUUAUGGAGACUAGAGUUAUUCUAGUGCUUUGCUUCGCCAGCCUCGGCGUGUUUUCCGGCGCGCGAGGCGAUAAAAAGGACAUUUACGCGAAAGUUGUGGAUUUGCUGGCUCCAGGUGAAGAGUUCCUCACAGAAGAUGCUCUUGUCUCGGCGUUUGAGCGGUUGGAGAACCGUGUGCAGUGUUUCGGUGUGUCGUGUGGAAAGCCCUGUGUCUCUCUGAAGGACAUCGUGGAGGAGAGCAGUUCUCCUCACGGAGAUCAUGUGCACGUGGAGCUGGACGCUGUGAUGGGGAACGUCCUCUAUCACGCUCUGAGAGGAGACUGCAUUAAAGCACACGUGUUUCCUGAGCGCCAGUUCUUCCUGGAUUACAUCUUCAGCCGCUUCGGCUCGGGAAACCUCACGCUUCACGAUUUUGAAGAGCUUCUAAAGACCUUAAACCUGGGCGGAGAGGAACAUGACCAUGAUCACGAUCACGAUCACAGGAGGAAGACCAACAAGCAAAGUCUUGCAGAGAGUCAUCGGACCAACAGCAGCUGGGACACGGCCUGUUUCAGCGCGGAAGACCUGUGGAGGAUCUACGGCCUGAACUCUUCAUCACUGACCCGGGAUCAGUUCACAGAGCUCAGUCCUGCCCUGAUCCAGCAGAUCCUCAGCCAAGGCUGUUCUGAGAUCAGUCCUACACCGACGAGCCCUGAUUCUCUCAGCACCGCAGAGAGAUACGGAUACGCCACGCUGGCGAACCUCAUCAUCUGUCUGAUGGCCAUGUGUGGGAUCGUGGUGCUGCUGUUCUCGGCCUGCACGCGAGUGUUCGAGCUCUGCAUCCAGUUCUGCAUCAGUCUCGCGGUGGGAUCUCUGACGGGAGACGCUCUGCUGCAUCUGCUGCCCGCGUUCUUAGGCCUUCACGUUCACGGAGACGGAAACGAUCACGAUCACACUGAGGAAAACCUCGACUAUGUGUACAAACUCCUGGUGCUUCUCACGGGCGUGUAUUUCUUCUACCUGAUGGAGAGCAUCUUCUCCAUCAUCACUCGCUCACCACAUCACCACCGUCACGAUGAAGAGGAGUCUGAGGUCCAUCACUGCGAUCACGGCCGAGUCCUGCAGAUGUUCCAGCAAGAGAGACAGAAGGAUCACUCCAGCUCUCAGGCCGAUCUGGUGGAUGCUGAAAAAAAAGAGAAGUCCUUCCUGGAGCCUGGAGCCUCUAAAAGAGAGCAGCGUUUGCUUCCCUACAUGAUCACCAUCGGAGACGGCAUCCAUAACUUUGCUGACGGUUUGGCUCUCGGCGCAGCGUUCUCCAUCUCGUGGCGAUCCGGCCUGGCCACGGCUCUGGCGGUGCUCUGCCACGAGCUGCCACACGAGCUAGGUGAUUUCGCGAUCCUGCUGCACUGUGGUGUGUCUGUGAAGCGAGCUCUUCUGCUGAACAUCGGGAGCUCUCUCACCUCCUUCAUCGGCCUGUACAUCGCGCUGUCCGUCUCCACAGAAACCGCGGCUAUCGAGUGGAUCUCGGCGGUCACCGCUGGACUCUUUCUGUACGUCGGUCUGGCAGACAUGCUUCCCUCGCUGGUCCAUGUGGACAGUAAAAGACCGUGGCUGGUUUUUCUCCUGCAGAAUCUGGGACUUUUAAGCGGCUGGGGCAUUUUAUUGCUUUUGUCCUUAUAUGAAGACCAGAUAGGGCUCUAAAUAUGAUGCAUCAGGUUUUAUUUGUGCCUUAUUCCUGUAUAUCUGUCCGCAGAAACUACAUAUUAAACAUGUGCAAUGUG